UCAAUUCUUGGUAGGCCAAAAUUUCGGAGAUUGCAUCCGCAAGGUUCUGUUUAUUUAUAGGCAUAAAUAAAAAGCCAUCCAAUAUAAUGUAUGAUUUUACAAUUUCUAGAACAUUCAACAACAACAUGAAAUAAAGGUCUGGAAAAAGAUUUUGUUUGUUUUGUAUUGCUUAGAUUAAAUGUGUGAAAUAUAGCUAGCAAAAUGACUGGUAUACUGUGCUGGGGUAAAACAGAUCAUGGUCAGUUAGGUGUUGGAGGAGUGGAUGAAAAUUUAUUUUUACCAUCAUUGUUGCCCACAUUAUUUAAUUCUCCCAUAACUGAUUUAUCAUGCAGUGAUAAACAUACUCUGGUAUCUUUAGCUGAUGGUAAACUCUAUAGCUGUGGUAAUAAUGACCAUGGACAACUUGGACGGAAUACACAAUGUACUCGAUUAGAACAAGUGGAUAAGAUACAGUCACAGCAUGUUUUAAAAGUAGAAGCAGGCUUAUCACACAGCAUGGUAUUAACUACAGCUAAAGAAGUCUUUACAUGGGGUGAUAAUUCAUUUGGUCAGUUAGGAAGAGAAGGUAUUGCUGAAGAUCAACAAAAAACACCAAAAUUAGUGAAAACAUUGGCAGUAUACUCUGUAUUACAGAUAGCUUGUGGUAAUAAUCACUGUUUAGUUCUGACUUCAGAGGGAUUGGUAGCUAGUUGGGGUGCCAAUAAUCAUGGUCAGUUAGGAUGUGACCAGAAUAUAAGUUAUAGAGCAAGUCCUAAGUUUAUAGAGUGUUUAAAGGGUAUACCAGUUGCACAAAUAGCUACUGGCGGCAAUCAUAGCUUUAUAUUAUCUCAGUCUGGUGCUGUCUUUGGUUGGGGAAGGAACAGUUUUGGACAGUUGGGUGUUAAUGAUGAAAGAGACCGUCCUUUUCCCACAUUAUGUAAAUCAUUAAGAAAUCAAAAGAUAAAAUAUUUAAGUUGUGGAGAAGAUCAUACUGCAGCUUUAACACAGAGUGGUGGUGUUUUUACGUUUGGUGCUGGUAGCUAUGGUCAGCUAGGUCAUUGUAGUGCACAGAAUGAAGUUUUACCAAAACAAGUUAUGGAACUAAUGGGAAGUGAUGUCACACAGAUUGCCACUGGCAGACGACAUACCUUAGCUUUUGUAAGAAGUAGUGGACGAUUAUAUGCAUUCGGACUAGGUGGUACUGGUCAACUUGGUAAUGGAUCCACAGACAUUAAAAGUUCACCAUUUCCUGUGCAAUGGCCAUUUAUACCUCAACCUACUGUAAAUAGUAUGCAAGUUGAUGAAGACAAGAAAUCUGUGAUAAUUAAACAAAUAUUUGCUGGUGGUGAUUCAAAUUUUGUCAUACCAUUAAACACAAAGGUAGAUAAAGAACCAGUUGAUUUUCGUGUUUUAGCUGUUGGAAGUCAAAUUCUCUCACUCACGUCUGCUCAUAUUAAACAAUUGUGUGAACUACAGUCAGCAGAUACAAUUCCUAUGGAAUUAUCUGAAGAAUUAACAAAAAUAUUUUCCAAUGCAUCAUGUUUGAAUGCAACAUUUCUUUUAAGUAAUGAGCAACAUUAUGGCAGCAGUAGUAAAAAUCAUGGUGUUGAUUUAAUGUCAGUACGAAAUGAAUUUAAUGAAAUGUCCAAAGCAACAAAUGUGAUAAUUAUACAAAGGAUCUGUAAAUGUUUAGAACACGAUUUAAUUCGACGAUUACCUACUUCCCCACCUGAUGUUGAAGCCUUACGUCUAUAUCUCAUGUUACCAGAGUGCCAUCUGUUUGAUCAACCCAAGUAUUAUAGUAGUUUUAUAGUGCCAUUAGGUCAUUCUAUAAUCAGUCUAGAUAAAGCUGCUUCUAAAGUUAUAGACUUAUGGUGGUCAACUUUUCCAGCCUCAUUUUUUAGCAGAGUAGUGUAUAUUUAUAAACAGUGUGUAGAAUUCAUUUUGCAGUUACCAGCUACUAAUGUAUUAGAGUCAGAGAAAAGAAAACAUAGUUUAAUAGUGUCCAUGGAAAUUUUGAAAAAGUUGAAUUGUGUAAAUGAACAGAAUGGUCAGAUUAUACCAUAUCACCAGUUUUAUAUCUCUAUAUUAAAAGAUAAAGUUAAUGUUAAAGUUGAUUAUGUCAGUUGGGUACAACAGACAAACAGAAAUCCUAAUGAACUUCAUUAUUGUAACUAUCCAUUCCUGUUUGAUGCAGCAGCUAAAAGUAUGUUAUUACAUACAGAUGCUAUGAUGCAAAUGCAGUCGGCAAUAGAUGAAGUAGCAAGAGUAAAUUUUAGUACAUUAUUAAAUCGAAUGCCCAUAGAUCCUAUUAACCCUUGUUUAGUAUUAUUUGUAACAAGAGAACAUAUAGUUCGUGAAACGUUGCAACAAUUAAGUAAACAUAGCAGUGCUGAUCUCAAAAAGCCUUUAAAAGUAGUUUUCCUGGGUGAAGAAGCUAUAGAUGAGGGGGGUGUAAGAAAGGAAUUUUUUAUGUUAUUAUUGAGGGAAGUUACGGAUACCAAAUAUGGUAUGUUUAGGUUUUAUGAAGACUCAUCUUUAAAAUGGUUUAGUCCACAGACUUUUGAAGAGAAUGAUAUGUUUCAUCUGAUUGGUAUACUAUGUGGCUUAGCUAUCUAUAAUUUUACUAUUAUUAAUCUACCAUUUCCCUUGGCACUCUAUAAGAAACUCUUAAAAAGACCUGUAACUUUAGAUGACCUUAAAGAAUUAUCACCAACAGUAGCAAAAAGUCUUCAGAAUGUCCUAGAAUUUGAGGGCGACUUAGAAGAAACGUUCGCUUUGACUUUUGAGAUAACUCAAGAAUUGUUUGGGGAAUCUGAAACAGUAGAACUAUGUACUGGUGGAGCUAAAAAGAUGGUAAAUAAAGACAAUAGAAAAGAAUAUGUAGAUACAUAUAUUAAUCAUGUUUUUAAUACAUCUGUUGAGAAUCAAUAUAGUGCCUUUAGUAGUGGUUUUCUUAAAGUAUGUGGUAGUAGAGUUUUGGAACUCUUCCAUCCAUUAGAAUUACAAGCUAUGGUGAUAGGAAAUGAAAAUUACGAUUUUAUGGAGAUGGAAAAGAAUACAGAAUAUAAAGAUGAAUAUCAUCGUUAUCAUCAAACUAUACAAUAUUUUUGGGAAGUAUUUUAUGACAUGAGUUUAGAAAACAAGAAAAAGUUUUUAAUGUUUUUAACUGGUAGUGAUAGAAUUUCUGUGUUUGGAAUGGAACAGUUGAAAAUGGUGAUACAACCAACAAGUGGAGGAGAAGAAUUUUUACCUGUAGCUCAUACAUGUUUUAAUUUACUAGACUUACCCAAAUAUAAAUCAAAACAAGCACUAAAAGAUAAAUUAUUAUUGGCAAUACAACAUACAGAAGGAUUUGGUAUUGUGUGAUGAACAGAGAAACUUUAUCAGCUUAGAGAGUGUUGUGAAUUAAAGCCAUUGUUGAAAGUAUUUUGGUGUUUAUACUGUUGCGUAAGUCUAAUAGUGCUAUUCUAUAGAUAGCCUCUUUAUUUACAAGGCAGCUGACCUUACUAAUAGUCUAUAAUAGUUUUCAGGGUGUUCAUUGGCACAUAAUAUAGCAUAAAUAGUUCAGUUAUGAUUCUUGAAGAAAUACCGAAUCUAAGUAAACUAUAGCUACCUGCACUUAGUUACGUGUUUCGGUACCUUUGACAUAUUGUUUUCGUAAUGGUUUUUAUUAUUAUUAUUAUUAUUUUUUUUGCCAAUUUUAGUCAGAAAUUGCAGCCAAUUCGGAAGUUCGCUUGAUUAAUUUUAGCAUCAAAGACUUGUGAAAGAAUUCUGCAGCAUUUUUUCAACAUUCAAGAUGGCAUAUCUCCGUUAGUAUUUGAGGUAUCAAGUUGAAACUUGUUUGGAAUAAGGAACACAUUGAUGCUUUCAAAAAACCAUGUUAAACUAUUUUUUUUUAAGGCUUUUGGAAACAUAAUAGUUCUCUCCAUUUUAAAAGUAGACUAAUAAUGACGUAUGGUGGUGUUAGCCCCAGACAUUCAAGAUUUCAUAUCUCCAUUAGUACAUGUAUUUGAGUAUCAAGUGGAAACUUGUUAGGAAUAAGAAACAUAUUGAUGCCUUCAAAAUGGCAUAUUAAAUUUUUUUGUUACAGCUUCCGGAAACAUACGGAAAUUACAGAGGCCUUCCGAUUUUUUAAAAUAGACUAAAAAUGACAUAUUCUUGUGUUAGCCCCAGAUAUUAUCUUUCAUUUUCAGAAACCUUAUUCAUUAACAUUUUCAACCAUUUGGCCACAAUAUUGGAUUUGAUAAAAAAUGCUUCAAAUUGAUAUUCAUCCGACAUUUUAAUUUCGAUUUUCGCAAACUUUUUUUUUGUUUUGAAGUCAGCCGAGGUGGGAACAAUUCUUAUAGAGCCGAUUUUUGAAUUUCGAUUUUGUUUACUUCCAGUUCCAUUUUGAAAUUUUUUCCAUAUUUAAAACCUACUAUCAUGUGACUAUGUACUUUAAUAACCUUUGACCUAUAUAUAUUUUAGAUAACCUUGACCUAUACUAACAACUAAUAUCAGAAAGUUGAUUUGAAGUAUAACUUCCAGAUUUAUUAAGAGUUCAAAAUGGCAGGUUUUUCCACAUUAUCACAAUAGUUCAUGGUGCAUCUAGAUAGUGGACAUAACCUGGCAUGACAUGGCAUGACUUUGUCGAUAGCGCAUAAUAUAGGCUACAGAAGUUAUUAGGUAAAAAAAUUUUUUGAAACCAAUGCAGUUAGAAAUUAUUAAUGUAAGGGAGCUAACUACUUUUUAUACUGCGAGUUUUGAGUUUCCCAUGUAUAUUGUAUAUGGUACGGAAUAAAAUCUCUACACCAGCUUGAUAAAGACUAUUAUUAAAGUCUUAAGAAUAAAAGUGAAAUGAUGAUGCCACUUGAUACAUUUAUCCGACACAUGUCAGUACUCUUUCGGAGUUCAGAGGGUUGGAUAGCCGAAUGGUUAGCAUGUGUGUGCUGUAUCAUAAGGUCUGUCAUUGAGUCAACUGGCGUGGUUUCGAAUCCCCGGUUGUACGUGACAAGGAGUAGGGUUGCCUAUCCAACUUCGUGGGUUUGCUCCGGGUCCUCCGGUUUCCUCCCACUGCUGCUAAAGACCCCUGCGCACAAGUGAAUUAUUGAAAUAAAAUUAAACCAUAUGUUAGUCCCGAAAUUACCUAGUCGGUGUCGAGUGGACGUUAAACCCCAUUUUAUCUCUCUCUCUCUCUCUCUCUCUCUCUGUCAUGAGGAAAAUAAUUAUAGCUAAAUAAUUAGUAUAAAAGAAAUGGUCCAUGUUAUUAAGAAUUGAACCACUUGUGAUAUGUUUUUGUGAUGUGCAAUAUUAAAAUGUAAUGUUCUAAAUAUUAAAAACAGAAUUUAGAUUUAACGGUUUACAAGUACGGAACCAAACUGUAUUUUAUUUUUACGGUGAAGCUAUUACGCUGACAUAUUUGAGCUAGUGAUAUCUUGUAUAUUUUUAUAUCCCCACAUCUAAUGUAGAUGAAUAUACGUCAUCAGGUAGAACUAUUCCUGUGAAUGCUCUACACACUACAUCCUUUAUCUGAUUUUUUGCAAAUUUGCAGAGAUUGUUAAAUAAAAAUUUGCAAUGGCAAAUUUCAGAGUUACCUCCUCAUUUCGUAGCUAUCUUUUCAUUGACAGAAUUUGUAAUGCAGUUUUUCAAAAAUCUUCUCUGAUGGAUAUCCAGACUGGACAAAGUGGGGCUGUUGGUGACUGCAGUUUCUGUAUUUCUGUUGGGGUUUUGUUUGAAAUAUAAUAUAUUCAUUUUAAAUUUGUUCAAAACGUUUAACAAUCAACUUAUUGGAGAAAACAAUUGUUGCUUGAUGUACCAAUAUUUCAAAAAUAUCAAGUAUGGUAUAAAUUAUAUUAAGAAUUUAUUUUUUUACACAUCACCAGUAUUAUUGUAGGUAUUAUCACAAGAUAUCUUGGUACUAUUGCUCAAAUGUUAUUGAAUAUUUAAUCACUUAUUUUGUUUUGCAUCAUGUUACUUACGCCUUUGUUUUAAAUAAAUAAAAUGCUGUCCAUCACACUUGAACACACUAGGAGCCAUAAUUAUCAUAAGACAAUACUGAAUUUUUAGUAGGAUGUUCGGGACAGUGCCUGUUGAUACUGAAUGAUAUCCGAAAAUUAUAACCUGGGUUACUCCCUUUGAAUUAUGAAACUUUGUUAAAACUGUAGAAGUAACACUUAUUAUAUUGGAUAUAUUUUGUUUAAUUUUAAUAAUAGAGUUACUCCCAAUGAUUUAUGAAACUUUGUUUACACUCUAGAAGCAAUACUUAUUAUUGGAUUGUAGCCAAAUAUUAAUAGAUUGUUCAGCUUAUUAAGAGAUGGACCUUUUCUGAAAAUUAUUCCCCUUGAUUUACAAAACUGUGUUUUGUGGGCUUCACAUUCAUCACUGUUAAGUUUGUGGAAGAUUUUGUGAAAAUAUUUUACUGAGGCUUGGAUGCCGUAGCUGUUGGUAUGUGCGUUUGUUUUGUUGCCUAUCAACCUAUGUUUUUUAAUUCAAAUGUAUAAGAAAAUCAUGCUCUAUGUUGAUAGAUAUUUGUCAUGCAAUAUUAAAUGUGUUUUUAUUAGUUGUUUAUUACUUUGUACAAUGUAAAUAUGUGUAAUUAGUAUUAAACCGUUGUUGACUUGA